ACAGUUAUUUUGAUGAAUGCUGUGAACAACUUCAAAAAUGGAACUGGCUACACAAAAAGGCUCCGUCAGCAGAUUUGGCAGCAACAGCAGCAGCAGCCGCUACUGCCACCUCCACCACCACUCAUGAGUGUUACACCUCCUGCUGCUCUGGUGACUGCCGCUGAACCUUCUACAUCUUCCUCUCUGUCAAUCAGCAGUUUGUUGGAAGAGAAGGGCUAUCAGGUUCCUGUGCAAAGACAGCCAGCAAUAGCAAGUUGUCUGAGCCCCCAAGGACAAUCAGUACCUACCACUGGUCAUCCAGCGAGAACCAGUACAAUUUGCUCAGCAGGUGGCAGACCAGGCUGGGAACUGUAAGUAUUCUACAGAAAUUCAGUGUAUUACUACUUGUAAGCUGU